AUGGCUAUUAAAAUCCAAGUUAUCCUAUUCGUAUCGUCACUCCUUCUAGCAUUCGGGUAUGGUCAUGGCCCGGCCCAGCCCGUUGAGACGACUGUGGUGAUUGAAGGCAUGGUGUACUGUCAAAGUUGUGAUACUUAUGGAUCAUGGUCAUUAUUAGGGGCAAAGCCAAUUGCAUCUGCUAAAAUUAGUGUCAUAUGCAAAAACUACCAGAAAAGAGUGAAUUUUUAUAAGGCAUUUGAGACAAAUGAAUAUGGUUAUUUUUAUGCAGAGUUACAAGGUUAUAAAAUGGGACAUUCUUAUCUUGAUCAUCCACUUCAAUCUUGUCGUGUGAAAUUGGUUAAUUCUCCACAAGAAAAAUGCAAUGUUUUUAGUAAUAUUAAUUAUGGAAUCAAUGGUGCACCACUAAGAUUUGAUGAUAAAGUUAUUGAUAGAAGUAAUUAUAAAGCUGUAAUUUAUACUGCUGGUCCUUUGGCUUUUCGACCAACAGAUUGCCCUCCAAAAUAA